AUAAAAGUGACUCCAAAAGGACAUAAUUUACCAUUAUCUUCACAAAAUAAUGUGAAACUCAACCAAAACAAAGAGCACAAACUUGAUGAGGUCAUUACGGACUACAUAUAUGAGACCAAAUACUACUUUAAUAGACAUACCUUUGUCCCAAUACAUUUGAACCUCUAAAAUGGGUUAAGAACAUUAUUUGGGAAUGAUAUAUUGUUAUUAGGGGAUGACCCGCGAGGGAUAAAAUUGAUUUUAAAAAGUACAAUCGAAGUGUUGUACGUAGUUAGUGACCCUAUGCGUCACUCUGAGGAAGUUCGAUUAAGUGCACCGUGACAUUAAUCAAAUCCCCUCAAGAUCCAUCCUGUACGUGCGGGCAGGGAUCUCUGCGGACGACUCACUGCUCGCCCUGGGGUGUAAUUCAUCACGCUAAUUCUGUUGCAAAACGUUUUGUCUGUUGGUUUUGCAACGGAAACAUUAUACCAUUUACUUUAGGAACCAAACGGAAGCAAACAACGUCGGACGGAACCGGGAGGGGUUUACCUGCAUUUGACCCAAUAUAAACUAUCGUUUCCGUUUGAAGUAAACGGUUUCUGUUGCCAAAUGUUUGGCAACGGAAUCUGAGUAAUGAAUACAUUCCUGUUUUGCAACAUGGAAAAAGCAUGUUGAAGACUUUCAUAUUUUUGCAAGUAAAAAUGUAUUGUUUCGUUGAUAAAGUAUGGAAGUUUCACUAGAGCAACAUGUUUUGAGAUGUCUGAAAGGUCAAAAACAUUUAGAGUGCAGGUACUAGCUAUUUGAUGAGCGGAAGAAAAUACGAAUAUCGCUAUGGUUGUGAAGCCAUGUGCUUCUUUGUUUACCAAAACAGCGGCUGUUGGAGCGAUUGUGUGAAUGGUUCUGUGAAGAACGUGGAAUUUGGGCUUGUAAAGAAGUGAGCCGCACAAACGGCGACAAAGUCUGCGUUUUUAAGUCAAGUUAAAGAUUGUAGUGACUGUGUUAUCAAAGUAAAGAAGUAAACAAGGAGGCCCCUUGCCACGGCGCCUGUCUGGUUUAUGAAGGGUAGUGAUUCACUGCUUUCUCAAUUCCCGGUGGAGAACAUGAUGACAAGGUACCUGUAUUUUCCUUAAAGAUCACAGCGGUACAAUGCUUUUCUGUGAUAUUUGUCUCCCUCAGGGUGAUCGUAAAGUAGCGCAAUGUCAUUUCUGACAGCAAUUUGACAGAAGCUUGCUGUGUGUGUGUGUGUAUCCUUCUAUGCUCAUUUCUCUCAUGUAGACUCCUUUCUACCAAUGCCCCAGGGCAGUGAUUGGGGACACUGCCCUGUGUAGGGUGCUGUCUUUCGGGUCGGAGGUUAAACGGAUGUCCUGACUCUCUGUGGUCACUAAAGAGCCCAUGGCACUUAUCGUAAGAGUAAGGGUGUGAACCCCGGUGUUCUGGCUAAAUUCCCCAAAGGAAGGGUAAAAAAGAAACAUAACCUAGAGCCAUAGAAUUUGACUGUCUGACCGUGCAAACUGUUACUGAUGAUAUAUAUGGGUGCUAUGUGGUUAUGUUCGAUGUACUGUUAGCCUGUCUUAAAUAUUUACUUGACCAUCAAAGAAACGCAGGUGUUGUCAUUUCUAGUCACAAGGUGGUAAAGAGAGGUUUUGAUAUAAUUUUUAAGCAGUAUUUACUGAAACAGAAGUCAACCGUACCCCCAACCAAAUGUUUAAUUUGCCAAGUAACAGAAGUUAAAACGGAAAACUCCAUCUGUUUUGUGAGAAAGGGUUACUUUUGCCGUUCAACCAGGUUUCGUCAGGAAAAUAGCUGUUGUGUAUUACCCCCUUUGGAGUCCAACACACAUCUGAACAGAGCUUAAAGGACCAGUGCAGUCAAAAACACGAUUUUCUUGUGUGUUAAAAAUAUUUUCAUACUAUGAGGUUGCAAUAAUAUGUGAAAUUGUGAAAAUAAUGAUAAAUCCCUGUUGUUUGAGCUGUUUGAAAAGACUGUCUGAAAUGUCAUGGUGGAAGGGAGUCUUGGCCUUCCAUGGUGACAUCACCAUGCGGCAAAUGAGUUAAUAGACCAAAUAGAAAGAUGGUUCCAACCCUCUCUGCUAAUAACAGCUCAUUUUCCGUUUCUCCCUCCCCACUCAGAACACUCCCUGACAGUCCUACCAAAAUUCUUGCUUGAGAAAUUGCUUGCUAAGAAGCUGUUUUUGUUUGUUUUAAAUUAAAAUGGUCAAAAAGAAUCACAGUAAGAUACUUAAUUCUUACCCAGAAAUGAUUUGAUAUUGAGAUAAAAAUGGCUGUAUUCAACCUUUUUGAAAAACUUGGGAAAGUUUUCUGUAUUGGGAAAUGUAUGAACAAAUUUGACCUACAUGCAUGCGUCAGGUGAUGAGGUUCAUGCCAUACCAUACUGGUAGUGAUAUGACAUAAAGGGGUGGCCAACAAUGUAUUUGUGAGUUGAGAUCUUCUUCUGAGUAUUUCUAACAGGACCAUAUGCUGCUGGAGUGGGGCCAUAACAUCAAGGAACCCUGCCUCCCCAUGCACGUUUUCAGCCUUCAGCGGGUGCCUGGAUGUCACCAUUGUACAGCGCGUUGGAUUUCAUUUGAAGUUUGACUUUAUUACACUUGUGUACGCACUUAUAAUAGUGCUUAAUGAGCGCUUUAAUCAUUUCCACAUAUCAAGAAGAAAAUGAUGGUGGAGGUGCAAGGGGUGGAGUUACUUGGGGUCAAUAUCCAAUGGAAAGCACCCAAAUUAUGAGUGGUGUUGAGUACAGUAUUUAUGAACUGUAAAGUUGUCUGGCUGAUACUAGACUGUGAAGAGAUCCAAGUACAGGGCGCAAGGAUGAUUGUUCAGGUUCUCCUGACGGGGACACUAUGCUGCCUACUGCCAGGUUUGCUGGAUGCUACACCUCUGAAGGCUAGAGCUGUAGGGGAGGUCAGCAUCGACUCUGCCCAGGCUCAUGGCUUCCUGUCUCAGUCACGCUCCAAACGGAACGUCAACCCGGACCCCAAGUGGCACCGCGGCACGCCUGAUUUCCAGUCCUACUACAAAUUCUACAACAGCAUAGGCCAUAUUGAAGGACUGUAUGAGAUUGACAAGAUCAGGAUACUGUAUCAGCAGAUGCGUCACCUGGAGCAGGUCUACGGGCCAGACGCCUCCAGCUACCAGAAUGCCCUGGGUGUGAUAACCCCUCCACCUACCACCGCAGCUCCUACCACCACCACCACAGUGCCUCCUACCACUCAGCCCCCUCCUACUACACCAGCAUCACUUUCUCUAACUGAGGCUGAUGUCCUUUAUCUGUGUAACCCCAAAGACCCCCUUUGUAAAGCUCACAUCGUUUACCUGCCUGCAGGGGCCAUCCCAGUCCUCUGUGACCCACGCUACAACCCUACCUGCAAACCCCAAACCGGCAAGGUGGUCAUAGCCGCUGCCGGACCUGCGGAGCCAGCUGUUGAAUCACCUCCCCCACCUCCACCCCCUCCUAAGAAGUCUCUCCCACCUCCUUCUCCCAUUGUCAUUAAAGGGAUGGAGUAUGACUGCGACCCUUACUGGGACCCUGACUGCCUGAUCGAUCACCCACCUCGCUCUGUCCAGGUGACUGAGCCACCACCACCACCCCCUACUUUCCCACUUGUUGUGGUGGCCCCUGUUGAGGAGGAGGAGGAGGAAGAAGAAGAAGAAAUGGCCACCGAGGAGACAGUAGCACCUUCUGACCCUUAUGAUUGGGGACGUGACCUUUUUGACCCUUACCACUAUUCCGACCCAGCACCUGACCCCCAGUAGACAGUUUUUUGUUUUGUUUAUCUAAGCACAAACAUAACACAUUAGUACUGCAAUACAACAGAAGGUCAUUUACCAAAUACAGGUCAGACUGUGAGCAAUGUAUAAUAUAUUGUAUUCAACGUGUGUGUCUGUUAUCAAUUAAUAUUAACAAAAAUUAAGUGUCACGUCCCAUUUGAAAUUGUUUGUGGUAAAAGGUCGCCCUCCAGCGGUGAGAACUGAAACUAUAAAUUAAACGAUCUAUCUUGACAGUC